AUGACCAUAACCACCAUCUCUUCCUCACCGCUCACCACCAAAGCUGCCGCCAUCACUAAUCCCGUCCACCACCACCACAACCACGACGAUUACGUCAUCAGCAGCCGAGAAGAUCACGGCCCAUUCGGAGGAAAACGGCAGCAGCUCACCCACCUCCGCUUCUACUGGCAGAACGACGCCAGCUCGUCCCCCAACGCUACCGACGUGAUGGUGGUCCAGCCUGUAUCCAACUCCUCCGCCUUCGGCUGCGUCAGCAUGAUGGACGACCCGCUGACUGUGGGGCCCAGCCUCGGCUCCGCGUUGGUCGGUCGAGCGCAGGGUUUUUACGCCUGUGCUUCCCGGAAAGCGUUCGGCCUCCUGAUGGCAAUGAACUUGGUUCUCCUCCGCGGCAAAUACAACGGCAGCUCCGUCACCGUACUGGGGAGGAACGAGGUGCCCUUGAAGGUGAGAGAGUUGCCGGUGGUCGGCGGCACGGGGGUUUUCAGGAUGGCCACCGGUUACGCUCUUCUCACCACUUCUUUCUUUGACCCCACCGCCGGGAUCGCGGUUGUUGAGUACAACGUCUACAUCUGGCAUUACUAG